UGUCAGUGAUCGGUGCAAAAAGGUUUUGGCUGUUUCAGAACGUUACAGGAGAUUUAUAAUUCGGUUUCGUGACGCGUCAGCGGAUGUCAGCCCUCCAUUCCCUUCGUGCUCUAAAUCGACCGAGUCUCCCCACUCGUAGCGCAAUCACACCGCUCCGUCUCUAUUGGCAGUAGGUCCCCUGUUUCAUGGCUCCUACAAAACGUGCAGCGAAUGGGCAGCGCCAGGGCGUGGGAGGCGAUCCCACAACCGCACCGACCCUGGACCCCCCGUUCGUCCGGUGGAUGAAGGAGCAGCAGGCUGCUGAAGUCACCCGACGGCGAGACGCGAUGAGCGAUGGUGGCGACGAUGGCGACAACUGUGACGAGUCCGAUUCGGACGAUGACUACAGCCGGCAGCUAGUGGCGGCUGGGCCGCUACAAACGUCUCAAACGGAUCGAGUGGAAGGAGAGGCUGAAGCGGGGCGAGAGGACAGUGAAACGGAGGGAGAGGAUGAUGCUGCCGGGGAGGCGGGUGCGGGCGGCGGAGUAGCGGCGACGAGGAGGGUGUGGAGCGACUCGGAGAUGCUGGAGCUGGCGGCCGCCGUGCUCUACUGCCGCGAGAGCGGCGCCGUCACGCGCCGCGCUGGCGCCAAGGGCAGCGGUUACUGGCGGCAGGUGCGGCGCUUGAUCCGGCGCGGGAACCCCGCGUGGUCGCGGCUGCCGACGGCGAUGGCGCAGCAAUGGAAGCGGAUGAAAGCGAAAUACGACGACGUCCGGAUGAGGGAGGUGGCGAAGCAGACGACAGGGGGAAAUCAGGAGUCGAGAGGCGACGAUGAGCAAGUACGGGACGAGAAUCAGCAGGUGAAGGAUGCGGGUGGGCAGAUUGGGGACGCGGACGAGCAGCGGCAGAGAGGGUCUAAUAACGCGGCGGAUGAGCUGGUGCCUGGUAGCACAUCGGUGGGGACGGAAAGGAGGAAGGCAGGGGGGAAUCCGGAGUGGUAUGAGUACGUGGAUCUGUAUUACGGCACGGAGGUGAAGACGUUGAGUGGCGGUGGUGGGAAUGGCGCUGGCCGAGGAUCAGCUAGAGCCACUAGAGCAGGUGCAGCUAGAGCAGCAGCGCCACCUAGUGAGAUGCCCGCAUAUGCGUUCCCUGAAAGCAUCACUCCCCCAACGUGGCCGGACUCAACAGCAGCUACAGCCGCUGCAGCCGCUACAGCCGUCAGCAGUCUUCUACCGCUGACUGCUCCUGCCACGUCAGCAGUCUCUGCGUUUGCAGCCGGCGGGUCCGACAACUAUCUGCUGUCCCUGCAUAACAGGGUUGGCCGUGCCAGCGGCACCCCCACUCCUCAACUCACAGUUCCUCAGCCCACAGUUGAUGAGGCAGCAGGUUUCUGGGUGAGAGGAACAGCACAGGGGGGGGUGGCAGCACGGAAGGAGCGCAGACUGAGAAGGAGAUUAGGAAGGAGGGGGACGGAGAGGCAAAAGGGAGGUGCUAGGGUGCGACCAGGAGGGUCUAUUGCAGCGGCUUUGGGGGAGAGGGUGAAUGCUGCCAUGGGUGCUGCUGUGAGGAACGCGUGUGCUCAGUUUGAAGAGCUGACCCGCGAGUUGCUGGCGAAUGCAUGUGCUCAAUUCGAGGAACUAUCCAAAGAACUGGCGGAAAGCGCCUGUGCCGAGUUGGACGAAAUCCUGGCAGAGUCUGUGAUGCACGGCCACGAUGCUACCCGUAAAAGGCGCAGGAGGUAGCUGAAUAACGACUCAUCAGAUCUCAUGGCAGUAGGGGUCGUGGAAGCUGGCACGCACUAUGAUGUCUGGCCAAGGUUCUAACCCUAAGGUUUAGUGGUGGGAUAUGGAAAGGCAUGUGGGAUGUGAUAGUGUGGUAGAGUGGAGGGGACACUUACCACCUUAGUUGAUGUAUCUGCUCUGCUGGUUUGUAUAAUUGUUUUUAACGAUCUGGUGGUAUCUCCCGGGUUGCUUCAC